AUGGCUCCCAAUAUACCAGUUCCUCGCAAACGGCUUUUGACCACCGAAAUAGAUGCCAUCGCCGAGAGUAAUCCCGAGAGACGAUUCUGUGUAAUGCCCAGAGGCUCGGAGCUCUCAGAUGGUUUACAAGAAAUUUCGAUUAAGGCUCUCUCUCGUGGCAUCAACUUCUUAUGCUGGUGGAUAGAAGCGCAAACUGGUAUAGAUGCACCUGUUGGGUCAACGGUGGCAUACAUGGGUGCCAAUGAUAUUCGCUACUUUAUUUUCAUCGUGGCAUGUCAUAAGACUGGCUACAAGCCAUUGCUACUCUCGAGUAAGAACUCCGAUGAAGCUCAACUGUACUUGCUACAUGAGACUAAGUGUAACCGGUUCUUUUACACUGCGGAGAGGGAGCGGAAGGUAGCAGAGCUUAAACAACUCUGUCCCGAACUAAAUAUCAUCGAAUUACCCAGAUUAGAUGCCAUCUUGAAGGGGCAAGAGGGUUCACGCUUCUACCCCUUUACUCAAUCUUACGAGGAGGCUGAGGAUGAGGUUUUCCUCAUUGUGCACAGUUCUGGAUCAACAGGAAUGCCCAAGCCUAUUGCCCUGACCCACGGCUAUUUCAGUGCCUUGGAUGCCAUUGUCCAUCUCCCUCGUCCGGGCGACCGGAGACUUACUAUCUUCUGUGAUCUCAGCCCGGAUAACCUUGUUCUCAGCGUAGUUCCGUUCUUUCAUAUGAUGGGGAUCGUCGCUUUCACCACGUCUAUCUUCCACUCCGUACCUUUCCUCUAUGGGCCAGAGAAGCCACUUUCGGUUGACUUCUUAACGGACCUUAUUAAAUUUGGUCGACCAACUACAGCGCUUCUUCCCCCGUCAAUCCUUGACGAUGUUUCCUUGUCCGAAGAAGCCCUGCUCACGUUGGGCACAAUGGAGAGUGUUUACUUUGGUGGAGCACCACUCUCAUCAGAAACAGGUGACAAGGUCCGCAAAUACACGAAACUGAUCACAGCACUGGGAUCUACCGAAACCAAUCUCAUCCCUUCCAUAGUUCCCGAAAAGGACGAAGAUUAUGGUUAUCUCGAGUGGAAUCCUAAUUACGGCGCUGUUAUGGAGCCUGUCGGAGAUGAUAUCUAUGAGCUGGUCAUUCCUCGCCCGACCACACGCGAUUAUCACGGCAUCUGUCAUACUUUCCCUUCGUUCACUGAGUACCAUACUAAGGAUCUAUUCACACGACAUCCGUCUAAUCCCCGACUAUGGAAGCAUCAUGGUCGCCUAGACGACGUCAUCGUUCUGAGUAAUGGGUUCAAGUUCAAUCCUGUCAUACUGGAAACCAUGAUCGAGGCGCAUCCUCUUAUAUCCCGGGCAUUGGUGGUCGGAAAGGGACAAUUCCACACUGCUCUGCUGGUCGAGCCAUACUGGGAUGCAUUUGACUCAUACCUUGACCCCAAUUCUUUCAUUGAUGAUGUCUGGCCUGCGAUCGAGGAGGCAAACAAAACUAUAGCCGCCCACGGACGUAUCAUGAAAGACAAGAUCGCUCUUUCUAAGAGGGAUAAGCCAUUCCAGACCACACCAAAGGGUUCGACGCGAAGGGCUGCUGUAGUCAAAGACUACGCCAAUGAGAUUGAUGCCAUUUAUACCAUGAGUGACGAGGGAACCCUUGCAGUGGACGAGCUUCCAGCAAACCCAGACCUGUCUAAUCUUAGUGAAUACAUUCAUGACUUGGUUACUAAGACCCUCCAACGAUCUGGCUUUGGUCCCCAGGAAGACCUCUACAAACUUGGUCUCGACUCUUUGCAAACCAUCCAGGUCGCUAAGUAUCUACGCAGCGCUUUAUUUGCCCACUGCGGUGGCCCAAGUGCGGUAGAGUUGACGACCCAAAUGGUUUACGCAAAUCCGACCGUGGAGAAGUUGGCCCAGCUGCUUCUGCGGGUGCUGAACGGUGACAAUGCGACAGAUGUCUCCCGCCCAGAGAAGCUCAACAGUCUCACUGAAAAGUACACAUCCAGCUUACCCAUUCAAGCCUCCAUGACAGAUCAGACUACAAAAGCCCCUACAAAAUCUCCAAUCAUCCUAACAGGCUCGACCGGUUCUUUGGGAACCUAUCUCCUGCACACCCUCCUCGAAGACCCGAGCAUCGCCAAAGUAUACUGCUUCAACCGAAGCGACGCUCAAUCCAAACAAGAGACGAUCUUCCAACAAAAAGGCCUUCAUAUCAUUCCAAACGCCCUUGAGAAGGUGGAAUAUCUCACCGUCUCUUUUAGUGAUCCACAUUUCGGUCUCCCCUUGCCCAAGUACAACGCCCUCCUUACCACGGUAACAACAAUAAUCCACAACGCCUGGAAAGUCGACUUCAACCACAGCGUCGACUCAUUCGAAGACCCGCACAUUCGCAGCGUACGGCACUUCAUUGACUUUAGUCUCCGAAGUACUCAUCAUGCGCACGUCCACUUUAUCUCAUCAGUGGGCACUGUAGGCGCCUGGACUUGGGACAUGGGAUCAACCAUCCCUGAAAGCCCACUUGAAGACAGCAAGGCAUGUCCGAGUCAAGGAUACGGGGAGUCCAAGUACAUCUCCGAACGGAUAUGUCAUGAGGCAAGCCGCAGGUCGGGCGUCCCGACUACCGUAUAUCGCGUGGGGCAGAUAGCAGGUCCAACCACAAUAGAAGGUCUAUGGAAUCCCAAAGACUGGCUGCCUACUAUUAUCAAGACAUCAAAGGCAAUAGGACUAGUUCCGGGCACGCUAGGUUCGAGGUCUGUUGAUUGGAUUGCCGUGGACACCCUCGCCCGCAUAAUAACCGAAGUCAUCCACACUCGCGCCGUUACAGUGUCUUCUGCUUCGCCACACGCAGUAUUUCACCUUGUCAACCCAUCAAAAACAACCUGGGAAGCACUCGUCCCUACCGUCCAGGACAUGUACCCGGACAUGGAACCGGUGGGUUUCACAACGUGGGUAAAACACCUCGAAAAAUUGAGCAUGAAAAGCCCAUCCGAGCAGGAGAUCGCGGAGAAGCCUGCCCUCAAGCUACUCGAAUUCUACCGUGAGUUUGCGGAAGGUGCCACGCUCUUGGUGCCGCUUGAAGUGGACAGGGCAAAGGAGGCAAGCGAAACAAUGGCUGCACUGGGGCCUGUUACGGGAGAUGAUAUGAGGAAUUGGUUGAAGCAGUGGUCGUUCUAAGGUUGUUGUUGACUUGGAGCUCAGUGUUGCGGGGCUAUAAACGAAGUAACAAUCAUCUCGCUGGUGAAAUUGAGUUGUACGGUGUUUUUUAGGAUCAAGUAAGCACUUCAAGCCAUAGCGAAAGGGACGUACAACGGCUGUCUAUGCUUGCCGAUUUCGAUUUCCUCGCGCCUUCCUACUGUCCGUCCUGGCUGAAAUUAUUACUUCUGGGCCGCCGAAUAGACUUGUUUCUUGGUCAACUUAACAUCUUACAAUCUCUACUAUCAUCAAUCCAAUUGUUCGGUCUUUUCAAAGAACCAAUAUCUGCUCACAUU